AUGGCAUACAUGUCUCGUACUGCUUCCAUGCUCCCUCCUGGAGCCUCAGCCACAUCCUCAUAUCGUCAGCCAAACCAGCAAUCUACAACAAUUUCACAGCAACAGUCCUCUGUCCUAGCAACCCGCAUUGCAGCAAAAAGGGCUGAAUUGGAUAACUUGAGGCAACUUCGUGAUAUGAGUGCAGCACUGGCAUUGCAGAUGCAGGCUUUGCAGGGCAAGCUUGGAACUCUCAAGGAUGGCACAGAAGCUGUCGCUUGUGUUCUUGCAAAUUGGGAUAAUGUGCUGCGGGCCAUCAACAUGGCCUCGAGUAAGUUUGCUCUCUAA